CACACACAAACAGGCCUCUUAUUUCAUGGAUGAUUGAUGGUGAGAACGGUUCUGUAGUUGGCAUGGACACAACAUUGAGAAUGAAUGGGCUGUAUCCGACAAAAGAACUGUUAAAGGAAACACUUCAAUUAUAUGCAAUACAAAAUAAAUUUCAGUUCAGAACAAAGACCUCACAUCCUGGAGUGCUGCAUGUUGUAUGCAUUGGAAAGAAAUGCAAAUGGGCAGUUCGUGGGGUACGAAUAGAAGGAACAGAUUCCUUUGAAGUGCGAAGGUUUAAUUCAGUACACACGUGCCCUAUUGAUUGUAGAAUGAGUGGUAAUAGACAAGCCACAGCCAACAUAAUUGGGAAGUUGAUUAAACACCAAUACAUGGAUGCUUCAAGAAAGCCAUAUGCUCCUAAAUCAAUAAUGUCCGAUUUGGGUAGGCAGUUGGGGCUG